AACACUCAAAAAUAUAUUGUCUAGGCACAGAGGCUGUUUACGAAAAAUCAAUAAUUUUAUACACAUUAAAUAUAAAUGUGCGAAGCCCAAAACACAAAUACGAAGCAGCUUAAACGGAAUUUAGCACUAUAAAAAUGUAUGGCCUACCUCCAGCUGCGCUUGAUGUGAACAAUCAGCGCUUUCGACUACGUGAUAUUGACAACGAGCACAUCAUGUCAACUUUUGGAAAUAUUGGACACUCCUUGAGUAUAUCUGUGGAGAGAUUUAUAACGAUUGGUGAAAUAAUUGCAGAGGAAAAUACGGAUAUCAAAGUGGAUAUGUAUGAGGCGGCCAGAGAGGCGAGAGAUGCAGGAAAAUCGAUUGAACAGCUUUGUGAGCUUUCGCCUUUGAGUGGCAUGGAGGUUCGUCAUCAUAUCGAGCCCUUGAAGGAUUAUGGUGCCAUUAUAUUGGCAGCCAGAUCUCUACUAUCGUCUAUAACGCGAAUUUUACUGCUCGUCGAUAUUGUUGUGGUCAAGAAGUUGCUCACAGCAAAGAAGCGAGCAUCGGAGAGCUUAGAAAAGUUAGAGUCUGUUAUGAAUUUUACGGAGUUUGUGCGUGCGUUUUCUAUUUUUGGUACCGAGAUGAUCGAACUGGCUUACUUGACGGGACAUCAUCGUAACUCUUUUAAGGAGGAGCGCAGACGUGCUCAGAUGUUCUCGGCACGCCAAAUUCUGGAGAAGUCUAUAUCAAUUCUACUGACAUCGUCAAAGAAUAGUUUGAUACACAGCGAUUGCGUGAUAGUUAAAGAGAAUCGUGACACCGUCUUUUGUCAAAUUCGACGGGCCAUGGACUUGAUACAUUUCGUCAUAAAGGAUAGUAUUUUCGACUCGGCAAAGCACAUGGCCUUUCGCAAUGCGCGCUGCAAUUCGAACUAUGAGAACGAGAGCAUCUAUACGACAAUUAAGCGCAUUAUAAACCUCAUUAAGAAGUUCAAGCUGCAGUCGAUUCAGUACGACUGCAACAGCAACAAGGAGGGCAACAACAAUCCUGAUGCGUUGUAUUCUCUGUUCGAUGAUGAGGACUGGAAGAGCGAAAAGAACUUAGCUCCGACUGUGGGCAGUCAUAUGAUAAAGAAUACAAAUUUUAAGAAACACCUAACCUACGAGAGUCUGGACCUGCGGGAUGAGCUGUCCGUGGCGUUUGACAAGCUGUUCGAGAAGGCGCAUGACUUUACUGACUCGCCUUAUAUAAGUCAUGAGCAUCGGAAGAGCAUACUCAUCUACUGUGAGAACUGCAAGGUCGAGUUUGAAAUGUAUUUGAAUCUAUUGAUAAAGGAUCAGCACGAUAAUCGAGGGGUGGGCGCACCGAUCCAGAGCAGGGAUCCGGAGCUGGGCAUGCUCGGCAGUCUGCAGGAGUUGUGCAAGCAGCUUGUUAUAUCUGUGUCCAGUCAGAUCGCCGACUUCAACGAGUCGCUGAACGUUUGCAAGAAGAUUGUGAAAUCGUUUUAUGCCUUGGCCAUGGCACACGAUCUGGAGAACCUGAAUCAAUGCUCGGCGAAAUUUCACGACUGCUGCGAUCACAUUUUCGACAUUUGCAAAUUGUUGCAGCACAUCGCACCGACGGAAGGCCUGCAGGUGCAUGCCAAGUGCUUGGCAAUCAACCUGAGAAUCUACGGGCCACAGGUAUUUAUUGCCGCCAAGAUUCUGUGGAAGUACGCGAACAGCAGUGCAGCGAAUGAAAAUUUCGAAUCGUUUUUGGAAAUGUGGAAAUGGCUAAUCAACGAGAUCUCACUGAUUGCCAAGAAGAUUCUCGCAUCGGUGGACACAACCAAGGCGGACAUAGAUACCCAAAUGGAGAAAUGUGAGACAACAAUGAAAUCAUCGAAGCCUUAUGCCGCGCCCACGGAUGAGAGAGAAAUGGUCGAGUACGCCGGGCUGGAGGGUAAAAACAACGGCGAUGCAACUAAGUGGACGGACGAUCUAUCGGAUGAUAAUGAUAUUUUGAAACGAGCUAAAAAUAUGUCAGCUAUGGCUUUUCUGAUGUAUCAAUUUACCAAGGGCAGCGGUUCUCUAAGAACGACACAGGAUUUAUUUACACAAGCUGAAUACUUUGCUGAAGAAGCCAAUCGACUUUAUAAAGUUUUACGUCAUUUUUCAUAUCAGGUACCUGCAAGUGAUAACAAGAAGGAUCUUCUAAGUAUUUUAGAUAGAGUGCCGACUUGUGUGCAAGCUCUACAAUUUACUGUGAAAGAUCACACAGUCGGCAAAGCUGCGACAUUUGUGAAAGUUGAUCACGUCAUAAGGGAAACCAAAAAUCUUAUGAAUGUGAUAAACAAAGUUGUCUCGAAAUGUUUUGAGUGCGCAAAUAAGUACAAAUUAAAUUUAACUGGUAUUACGGGAGGACUCACGUCGGGCUCUGUGCGCGGCGAUGACAACGUCUCGGGCGGAAUGUGCGACUCGAAAGGAACAACCAGCAGCAGCGAGGGGAGCAUGUGACAUUAUGGAAUGGCUCGAAGAGCCAAGGGGGACGCCAGGCGGACGCGUGUAUCAUUCUUAUUGUUUUGAUCAUGGCUAAUAGCGAAAAGAAUUUAUCACUCUCAUUAUUACUUAGGUCUAUACAUUUGUUAACUAAUUCAAACUCUGUAUUUCGGCAGGCGACUGUCAAAGUGUAUGUUGUAACAUAUUUGUACUCUGUAAGAUACAUAUUUAUAUAUUUUACUAAUGCGAGAAACUAACUWACUAACACACACACAGACAUACACACAAUCAACCAUCAAUUAUAUAUUCACAAUUAAUGUACGUGCUUUUAAGUGAUCGAAUAAAGAUAAGUUGAUGUGCUUUUUUGAAAUU